CGUGGCUGGCUGGCUGGCCGGGCGGGCGGCCGGGCGGCCGCGGGUGAGCUAGGCGGUCGGCGGGCCCUGCGUGGUCCGGGGCAGGAGGCGGCCGCCAGUGGCGGCGCGCCGAGGCCUGCGCGCCCGUCCUCCCCUAUCGGGUCGCCCUUCUCCGCCUCGCCAUGGCCCUGAGAGCGGAGGGCGCCGCGGCGCUCGAUUGCUUUGAGGUGACUCUCAAGUGUGAGGAAGGGGAAGACGACGAGGAGGCCGUGGUGGUUGCCGUGAUCCCGCGCCCUGAGCCGAUGCUCCGAGUAACUCAACAGGAAAAGACGCCACCACCUAGGCCUAACCUGCUGGAAGCAGGAGUUGAAGGCUGUGAGGAGCUCAAGCAGCAAGUGUCCUGGGAACAGGAGUUCCUGGUGGGGAACAGCCCAGGCGGCAGUGGACGGGCGCUGUGCAUGGUGUGUGGGGCUGAGAUCCGGUUCCCAUCAGCAGAUACUGCUCGCACACAUAUCCUGGAGCAGCAUCCCCAUACCCUGGACCUGAGCCCCUCUGAGAAGAACAACAUCUUGGAAGCCUGGAGUGAAGGGGUGGCCCUUCUGCAAGAUAUCCAAGCUGACCAGCCAUCCCUGCCCAGCCUAGAAUCAGGCCAGGAUGGCCAACCAGACCCCAACUCCAACCCGGACCCUGUCAGGAUGCCAGCAGAAAUCGUGGUUCUCUUGGACUCAGAGGACAACCCAUCUCUCCCUAAGAGGCUCCGGCCCAGAGGACUCCGCCCCCUUGAUCUGCCUGUUGCCCCUGUCACAGAGCCAGGAAAUAAGAAGCCCCGUGGUCAGAGAUGGAAGGAGUCUCCUGAGGAGGAACCUGCUAGAAAGAAGAGAAGCAGGCAUAUGACCAAAACCCUGGACCCUGAUCCAGAGCCCCCAUCUCCUGAGUCACCCACAGAGACGUUUGCAGCACCAGCCGAAGUCCGGCACUUCACUGAUGGCAGCUUCCCUCCUGGCUUUGUCCUCCAGCUAUUCUCCCACACGCAGCUCAGGACCACAAACAGUAAGGACUCUUCUAAAGACAGCAAAGGAGCAGCUGAGGGCCUGCCUCAGCCCGAAAGUCCCUCUUCAGCUCCCCCUCCGGGGCUUCGUGGGACACUGGAUCUCCAGGUUAUCCGUGUUCGGAUGGAGGAGCCACCAGCCGUCAGCCUCUUACAGGACUGGGCCAAGCAUCCCCAGGGCACCAAGGGGGUGGGAACAGGUGACAACCCAGACUGGCCCACAGUCCUAUCAGAAUCCAGUUCCACUGUUAAGGGACAACCAGAGGCAGGAAAUGGGAUCUGCCCAGCGUGGCCACCUGAUGGAGAGUUUUAAAACCAGGUGCCAGGAGAAUGUGGAAGGAGGAAGAGUGACGUCACUGUCAUAUUGGGGCAGUAGAAGAUGCCUGCCCAUGGCAUAGCCUGAAUUAGGCAGAAGUGACUUAGGCUAUUGGGUGAUACGGCAUUGGGCCUGUGGAGAACACCUUCCCCAAUCCUUUGCUGACCCACCCUCUAGCCCCACACCUCCUUCCUCUCAGCUCCCCACCAUUCUCCCCUGGCACAGUGCCUUAGCAGAGGUGGUCAUGAUGGGGUUUGACCUGAGUCCCACUACCUCGGGGGAUACCUCUCCUCCCCCACUUCUGGCUCCUACAGCAGGAGGCAUCCAUUACCUCUUACCGCCUCAUCUCUGCCUAGGGCUCCCUUUACCAUCACUUCACCUGUUGUCCUGUUGCAUCUAUUAUCCUGUUGUAUAUAUUACCUUUGUUGACAAUAAAUUAUUUUUUUUUUUAUUAAAA